GCUAAAAGGAACCAGGGUCCGGGUGCUGCUGCUUGUCAUUCUCUGUGGGUCUCUGCGCCUUGGACACAGCCGGAGCAAUGGCAGGAACCGGGCUGGGCUCGGUGGGGCUGGACCUGGAGAAGCUGCGCAUGGCGGGCGCCGGCCUGGCUCUGGCUGUCCUCACCAGCGGAGGCGAUGCACAAGGUAUGAAUGCAGCUGUUCGAGCCGUCACUCGUAUGGGGAUAUAUAUUGGAGCUAAAGUGUUCCUGAUCUAUGAGGGUUACGAGGGACUGGUGGAAGGAGGAGAGAAUAUCAAGCAGGCAAACUGGCUGAGUGUAUCCAACAUCAUUCAGUUGGGUGGCACCAUCAUUGGCAGUGCCCGCUGCAAAGCUUUCACCACUCGGGAGGGCCGCCUCCAGGCAGCCUACAACCUGGUCCAGCAUGGCAUCACCAACCUGUGUGUCAUCGGUGGGGAUGGCAGCCUGACGGGCGCGAAUAUCUUCCGCACAGAGUGGGGCGGCCUUUUGGAGGAACUGGUCAAAGAAGGGAAGAUCACUGAGGAGGUGUCUCAGACGUACUGUCAUUUAAACAUUGUGGGCUUGGUGGGUUCCAUUGACAACGACUUCUGUGGCACGGACAUGACCAUUGGCACCGACUCUGCCCUGCACCGUAUCAUGGAGGUGAUUGAUGCGAUCACCACUACGGCCCAGAGUCACCAGAGAACGUUUGUACUGGAGGUGAUGGGCAGGCACUGUGGAUACCUUGCCUUGGUUUCGGCACUGGCUUCUGGAGCUGACUGGCUUUUCAUCCCUGAGGAACCCCCUGAGGAUGGCUGGGAGGAUUUUAUGUGUGAGAGACUUGGGGAGGCACGGAGCAGAGGAUCCCGACUGAAUAUUAUCAUCAUUGCUGAAGGUGCUAUCGACAGGAGUGGGAAGCCUAUCACCUCUAACUAUGUAAAGGAUCUGGUUGUGAAGCGUCUUGGCUUUGACACUCGUGUGACUGUGCUUGGCCAUGUGCAGCGUGGAGGGACCCCCUCAGCAUUUGACCGUGUCCUGAGCAGCAAAAUGGGCAUGGAAGCUGUGAUGGCAUUAUUGGAAGCCACCCCAGACACGCCGGCCUGUGUGGUGAGUCUCUCCGGGAACCAGUCAGUGCGUCUACCCCUAAUGGAAUGCGUGCAAGUGACCAAAGAUGUCCAGAAAGCAAUGGAUGAGAAAAGGUUUGAGGAAGCAAUCCAGCUCAGAGGGAGGAGCUUUGAAAACAACUGGAACAUUUACAAGCUACUUGCGCACCAGAAGCCAGCACAAGAAAAGAGCAAUUUCAGCAUUGCCAUUCUAAAUGUGGGAGCCCCAGCAGCAGGAAUGAAUGCAGCAGUCCGCUCAGCUGUACGCAUUGGGAUUUGCCAGGGUCACACCAUGUACGUGGUGAAUGACGGCUUUGAAGGCUUGAGCAAAGGACAGAUCCGAGAGGUGGGCUGGCACGAUGUGGCAGGCUGGUUGGGCCGUGGAGGGUCCAUGUUGGGAACCAAACGAACUCUCCCAAAGACGUGCAUGGAGAAGAUUGCGGAAAACAUCCGGAAAUUUAACAUCCAGGCAUUGCUGGUCAUUGGAGGAUUUGAGGCGUACGAGGGAGUGCUGCAGUUGGUGGAAGCCCGUGGGGAGUAUGAUGAGCUUUGCAUCAUCAUGUGUGUGAUCCCAGCUACCAUCAGUAACAACGUUCCCGGCACUGACUUCAGCCUUGGAUCCGAUACAGCUGUCAAUGCCGCCAUGGAGAGCUGCGACCGCAUCAAGCAGUCUGCUUCAGGCACGAAACGGCGCGUCUUCAUUGUGGAGACGAUGGGGGGUUACUGCGGCUACUUGUCCACGGUGACUGGCAUUGCAGUGGGAGCUGAUGCUGCCUAUGUCUACGAAGAACCCUUCACCAUUCAUGACCUAAAGGCAAAUGUCGAACAUUUGACGGACAAAAUGAAAACGGACAUUCAGAGAGGGCUGGUGCUGCGCAAUGAGAAGUGCCAUGACCACUAUACCACCGAGUUCCUCUACAACCUCUACUCCUCGGAGGGAAAAGGAAUAUUCGACUGCAGGAUCAACGUCCUGGGCCACCUCCAGCAGGGAGGUGCUCCAACCCCCUUUGACCGCAACUAUGGCACCAAGCUGGGUGUGAAAGCUGUACUGUGGAUGUCAGAGAAGCUGAAGGAAGCGUACCGCAAGGGCCGCAUAUUUGCCAAUUCUGCUGAUUCUGCCUGUGUGAUAGGCCUGAGGAGGAAGACGGUGUCCUUCAGCCCCGUGACUGAGCUCAAGAAAGUCACAGACUUUGAGCACAGGCUCCCCAAGGAACAAUGGUGGCUGAACCUGCGCCUUAUGCUGAAGAUGUUGGCUCACUACCAGAUCAGUCUGACCGAAUACGUGUCCGGCAAGAUGGAGCACGUCACCCGGCGCACACUGAGCAUUGAGAAGGGAUUCUAGCACGUCUUCCCUUCUUCUUGCCUGCCUGACCAGUCCUCUGUAGUUCCCUCCCUCUCUGGCCUUCUCAUGCCUUUGGAGUUCAGUGCUGGUGCCACCGUGAGCCUGCAGGAGCGUGACCAGAGGACAGUCUGGCUGAUGUUGCAAAACCAUGCCUUGCUGGCAGCAGGAGCUUCCACUUCCCCCUGCCAAGUGGGGAGGAGGGUUCUCCUGUCCACAGCUCCCUCUCUGCAGCUCGUCUACCCCCAGCAGCAGAGAGGGGAUGUAGGGUUAUGAAAGUGCACAGCCUCUGUGGCAAGUGUGGUCUGUUCCUAUUUCACAGGUCACUUUUUCAUGUGUACAGAAUAUUUAAAGAAUUGUGUACCAAUUGUCAUCGGGACAGUGGGAUGGUUUUAGAGUCUUUCUGGCCAGGUGCCACAGAGAAUGCAAAAUUCCAGAAAAGUGGGGUGGGGGUAUCACCCCUUAGUUUGGAGCUGCAGAAAACGGGGUCUCCCCAAACAUUACCCGGCUUGAGGAGUGCCGCAAGACAACUGUGAUGGGUCUGAUUUAGGGCCUGAAAAUUUAUGUUGUCAUUAUUAGAGCACCCAGCUAAGAUCCUGUCUGGUAGAAGUCUUUUACCUGCAACACAGCUCUUCUCCCUCCUCUGCCCUCCUCCCCUCCCUGGGUCGACAUGUGCCAACCAGGAGAGGGCAGUAUGGCUGAGUGCUGGGCUGGGGUUGCCAGUGUGCCACCACUUGGCAUGGAGAGCCCUCUUCUCUGUGCUCCCCGGCUGCUGUGUCCCAUUCAUUGUCCCUGGCUAGAGCUGGGAGGGUGGCACCAGUUCUGUGGCCAUGCUGUGACUAUGCACUUCUGUGAACUCAACGUCCCGUGUUACCUGUAAUUGUCCGUGGUACAGCUUUGUGUCCUCUAGAGAAAUAUAUUAAAAAAAAA